CGGUGUCAGAUAUAUUAUUGCUGUGCCUAGGUAAUGCGUCAGGAAAUUUCUCCGGACGUAGCGGUCAACGACUCGUCGAAAUAUGUCCGGCUAAAGACGUCUCGUAUAUCAUACGACGAGAUCACCAAAGCGUGGAGGAGGUUGCGCACGUGGCGACGUAGCAUGAUGGUGAGAGCCCCGUCAGUGUCACAGGCUCCGGGGUACAGCAGGUCCCAGAUCAUGUCUAUCGCUAACACCGUCGCACCGCAUGUUCUCACUAGUAGAUUGCCCGUCUGUCCUCGUGCUGGCACAAGCGCAGCCCCAUCAGUCUAGGUCCGAGGGUCAAUAUAUAUUGCGUCGAGUGCUUGAAACACCUUGGCACCAUGGUCGCAUUACAAUGGGACACUCUUCUUCGGCGCCGGAGCUGCCCCCAACAGUCUUCUGAAGCUUGUCGCAGGACGUGUAUACAACAUCCAGCCAGGGUGGGUUGGAUUCCUG